AUGGAGAAGGUUCCUUAUGGGGGCCGUGGCGGUCGGCAGUUCCGCAAGUCGGGCUACCCUGGGAGAGAGGGAGAAGAGCCUGAGACGGAUCUGUUCAACUUUGUCGACGUCAUCCUCAACAUGCCCGAUGCUCCCAGCUUGAAGUUCAUUGCUGCCAAGAUGGCCAAGGUCCUCUUUGUUAUGACGAUCACGUACUUUUCCCUGAUGGCCUUGUACUUUGCGGCGGAGUUCCAGUCGGAGGAUCGGUUAAAGAACUUUGAUGUUCUGGUGGUAGACCUGGACAAAUCCAUGAUCGCCAACAGCUUUAUCAACUUCACUCAACGCGACAGCGCCAUUCCCAAACAAAUCAAUUGGUCGAUUCAAUCGGGAUACCGGGACGUCCAGGGCGUAAUCAACGACGUCGAAAACGGCAACUACUGGGGCGCUAUUGUGGUGAUGCCCAACGCUUCAACAGCUCUCAACAAGGCAGUCGCAGGCCCGGAUCCAAACUACGACCCCAGCAAGGCGUUUUUGUUCAUUUACGACAGCGGCAGGAACCCACUCGUUGUCAAGCCCUAUAUCGUCGCCAGCAUGUACACCCAAUUUCUUCAAUUCACCGCCAACUUCAAUCCGUCUUGGAUCUACUUUGUCCUGACCUUUGCCGGCUCAGCAAACACGACCUUGACUCCCUUGGCCAAUGCUCCUCAAGUCUUGGGCAUGCCUGUCGCGUUCCACGAACUGGAUCUUCACCCUCCAACGGCGACGAUCAUCACCUCGGCAACCUCUGUGGCGUACAUUUGGAUCUUCCUUGUUGCAGGCGGAAGCACGUACUUUGUCGCGAAUAUAGUGCAGCCAGUUGCCCGAAACGCCAGUGUGCAAAAGACAAUGAUCCUCCUUGUGGGUCCCCUCUUUGUCUUCCUGAGCUCACUCUCUAUGGCAUACACGGUCUUGCUUUAUAUCUUUGGAGUUCCGUUCGAGUCUGCCGGCCAUUUCUUUACGCUCUUCCUGGGGAUGUUACUCGUUCAAGGUGCCGUCGCGUCGUUGGUCCUCUUCCUCAUUUUUAUGAUCCCCGUGGUCUUCAUUCCGCCCAUCACAGUCACCUUCGUCGUCAUGAACGUCAUUGCGGUCUUCAACCCAGUUGAGCUGAUGCCGCCGUUCUACCGGUGGGUCUAUGCGAUGCCCUUCCUGAACGGAGUCCAGAUCUCGCGGUACAUUCUUAUGGGGUCCUACAACAGACUGAGCUACAACUUGCCGAUUCUCUUUGCCUGGAUUCUUGUCCCGACCACCUUCUUGCCCUUUGCGAUCGCCCGCCAGAAGCGACUGUUGAUGGAUGCCAUUGCGGCCGAUAUGCGCCUUCGACAGCCAUACCACCAUACUGCUGCUCACUACUCGGACUCUGACGACCAUUACUACCACGAUGGACAGGAGCACCACCAGGACGAGUUUGGAGAUGUCUACGAUGCUGAACCUGGGAAACAUGGUAGACAAAGCCAAGGGGCCAAGCAACCGCGAUCGGCUCGCAGCCGACACUACGAUGAAGAAACGGACCUAGAGUUUAGUGAUGGUACGGAUGACGAUCGGGACAAGGAUGAUGAAUCUGAGAGUGAGAGCGCGUCUUCCUCAGAGGGCGAAGAGGGAGAUAGAAACAAGGAGGGUUUCCACUCCAGCAGGAACACAGUCCAGUUGAUGGGAUCUCUCAACCCUCGUCCCCUUGGCAAUGGGCCCUCACCCAGCGCACCACCCGAAUCCCAAGUCUUUGAUACCCCGCACCACACCGAAAGACAAGUAGUGGACCAGGACCGGUCAGUGAUUGAGAUGCCCAAGUUGAACCGCCAACCGUACGCUUCUGAACUGGUGCGGCCCCAAACACCAGACGAACACGAGCACCUAGUUCGAGAGUUGGUCAUACACGACCCAGUCUUCUUCCUAGAACGGUGGCCCGGGCCCUCUUGUCAACAUAUCAACCGCCUAGAAUACCGUCCUUAUAUUGCCCAACGGCAAUGGAUCGCUCCCAACUAUGCUUCAUCAGGAGAACAAACCUCUUCUGACGAAUCUUAUCAAGGAAACUACGACGACGACGACGACGACCUGGACAGUACCUUUGACGAUGAUCUCAAGAACGACACCAACAACAGCGCCAGCAACACCAACAACCCAUCAAGCAGUCCGAGGAAGAUAGGCAGCACAUCAGUAUCUAUUCGGGGGUUCCUUCGACUUGUUCGACAGCAGACUUCCCUUUCGCACCUGAACGAGGAUUGGAGUCUCCACUCCAAGGAGCACACGCUACGGUUUGCUAGGGGCUUCAUCCGGUGUCAGCAUCAGAACCUUGUUUCACUGCAUAUCACCAAGUGGAAGAUUUCUGUCCCAGAGAUGAACAUGUUGAUCAGGAACUGUCCUCGUCUGGAGCAGUUAUUCCUACGGUCUGUUGAGAUUGUACCCGUCAAUUCAGACUUUAACACCGCUGCAUUUCCUGACCUUCAAGACGAGGAGAAGGAGGAGGAGGUGGGGAAGGAACAGGUCGAGGAGGGGCAGGUGGAUGAGGAGGGGCAGACUAUUACGACGACAGACUCGACAUCAGUGUUGGACUUUCGUCAAAUCAAGAGAAUCCAUAUUGAUCAGAUUGUCCUCCACACCAACCGGCUCUCGUUUCGUGGCCAAGGUCUGGAGUCGAUUGGGUUUGAGGCCUACACCUUCUUCACACGCUACGCCAUCUUCAACAGCCCGAGGCCCUUCACAUGGAGCUUUCCCAACACCAAGAGUCUGACCUAUAUUGGCAAAGGCCGCGACAUUCACGACACCGAGGUUGGCAAUGCGAUCCAGGACAUCUUGACCUCUUGCUCUCCCGACCUGAUAGCACCGCGUCCACCACGACUGUCACAGCAACAGCAACAGCAACAGCAGUUACAACAACAGAAGCAACGUCGACUCUCGGCAGACGAGGCGCUCCUCAAGUCACGACAGCUCAAGGAGGUCACCAUCAGUAACUGUUCCAUCCGCAGGUCACUCGUAUCGUCAAUUGUCGGUACAUUUGGGGAGGGGCUGGAAGUGUUGGAUCUGGUCGGCUGUGGAGGUCUGUCGAGACUCAACCUUCACCAGAUCUUGGUUCGGUGUGGGAACUUGAGGGUGUUUCGAGGACCAGAGUCGUUUCUGUGGACGAGGGAUAUGGUGCUCUCUGAGCAACCCUGGUCGUCACGGCACUUGAAGGAGCUUGUAGUCUUGAUUGGAAUUGGGAUGACGCUGGACAAGGAUGCCACCGAUCUUGCAGAGAUGGCAGACACUACGAGUGUCAAGGCGGUGUUGGCGCAGGAGAUGACUCGGAGGUCGAUUGAUGUUGUUCUUGACCAGAUUGCGCAACUGGAGGACCUUGAGGUUCUUGACCUGAGUGGCGAUUUGGACUACCACCUGGCAGAGGACUGUCGCAAGGGGAUCCCCUUGGUGCUCAGUGCUGGCCUGGACAAGUUGAGAGGUCUGAGCAAGUUGAGAAGGGUGUAUAUAUCUGGAUGGGAGGAUGAGAUGAGUGCGAAGGAGGCAGAGUGGAUGAAUAUGCACUGGCCUCGGUUGGAGUACAUCCAUAGCCGAGAAGGCGGAGCCAGUUCUGCCUGGCGCGAGUUCUUGACUACGCUCAAUCACCCCCUCCAGCACGGCUAUUUCGCAUCCAAGCUCUUCUAG